CCGUCAUUUCAUUCGUCGUUCUCUCACAACAGCAACAAGAAGCACCAUGGCAAGCGCAGUUGAAGCAGGCAAAAAGUUGGCAGCUUACCAAGCCGUCAAUGAUUAUAUCACUCCCGAACACAAGGUUGUUGGCAUCGGCUCUGGAUCCACCGUUGUCUAUGCCGUCGAACGUAUCUUGCAACGUCCCGAACUCAAGAACAUUGUCUAUGUACCCACUAGCUUCCAGUCCAAGCUGUUGAUCAUUGAAGGCGGCCUGACCAUGGGCACUGUUGAACAAUACCCCGAAAUCGAUGUGACGAUCGAUGGUGCUGAUGAAGUGGAUGGUCAGCUCAACGCCAUCAAGGGUGGUGGUGCGUGCCAGUUCCAAGAAAAAGUUGUUGCCGAGGCAGCAAAGAAGUUUGUGAUUAUUGCUGAUUACCGCAAGAAGUCCACCAAGCUCGGUACUCAGUGGCUCAAGGGUGUUCCCGUUGAGGUUGUGCCCAUGACGUACAAGAGUGUCAUUCGAGCGCUCGAGAACAAGCUCUCUUUGAAGCCACAGCAGGUCACUCUUCGCAUGGCUGUGAACAAGGCCGGACCCGUUGUGACGGAUAAUGGCAACUUUGUGGUGGAUGCCCACUUUGGCGCAAUCGAGGACCCUACGGCUUUGUUGAAGGAAAUCAAGCUGUUGACGGGCGUUUAUGAAGUUGGCUUGUUUUGCAACAUGGCAGAGACGGCCUACUUUGGUGAAGCCGAUGGCACUGUGAGCACGCUUAAAAAGUAGUAUGUUAGUCCAACAAAAACACCAUCAUCACUUCAUGCUACGUGGGAAAGGUACAAGAGAGAAAGGGAAAGAGAGAGAGGAAAAUUCAUAUUGUACAUAUAAUAAGACUGUUGAAAACUGGGUUCCUGGAAAAACGUUCGUGCCGCUUAAAAGUCCUUUGUACUUGGUGAGGCUGAUGGUUGCAUCAAAUGUAAAAUACGAGAAUCGCGGGGGGAUAGGAGUGGGCCACCACUAC